CCUGCAGAGGUGUCACCUCGCACCUCUGAGUCCCACAUAUAAACCUCCAGCCCUCAGUCCAGCCUUCAUUCACACUCAAGGGUCACAAUAUGGAAAGCUCAAGCCGCAGCCAGCAGAACCAGUGGAUCUAUUCAAGCUCGGAGUCGGAGUUGUACAGCGUUUCCUCUCCGGACACCGUCUCGACAGACCAGGGCUUCUCCCCGUCCCACCGGACCCAGCCUGCAUGCUCCAAAUCGGUCAAAUCUACAUGUGUCGACAAGAGAAAGCGCAGGUUAAGGCUGAAGAACCCAAGCGAGCAACGGCAGAACGCCAGCGAGAAGGAGAAGCUGAGGAUGAGGGAUCUGACCAAAGCCCUCCACCAUCUCAGGACGUACCUGCCUCCGUCCGUAGCUCCCGUGGGCCAAACCCUGACCAAGAUUGAGACGCUCCGGCUCACCAUAGGCUACAUCUCGUUUCUGUCAGCUCAGCUGGGUCUGAGUGCCGAAGAGCUGAAGCACAACUCCAGCGGCUGCUCAUAUUCUCCAGAGAUCGUUGGCUAUUUUCAGUGCAGGUCUAUGGCUGGAGAUUGCGUCGGGCCGGGACAGUGUCACGGUCACUGUGAUGGACAGUAUGAGGGAAAACCAAGUCAUACAGUGCAAUGUGUGGAUCAGUAUCCACAGCAACAUUCAACAGAGCAAAACGUCUCUGCAAAUAUAGACGGUUUCGUCCAGUCACAACAGUGUGCUCAAUCAACACAGACAUACCAGGUUUAUGGGAGAAACUUAGGCUAUCAUCUUGUUCCUCAAGGAAACUGGAGCUGACAGCAGAAACCUCUCCAUCACAUCCAAAGCAAGACUGAUACCUACUACUGUGUUUUGUGUACAGUAAAUGUGUACAUGUGGACGUUUGGCAUCCUAUCUUGUGAGAGCAAUAAAUGUGAACCCAAGUUAAUCCUGAUAUUCUUAUAAUUUAAGUUGUAUGUGUUAUCAAUGUCUGUUCUCUG